AUGCGGCAGGUGCGUCAGCGCCUCGGUGUGUUAUUUGGCAAGCUCCAGCAAGGCGUCUUGGAGAAUCGACAGAUCCUCACCGUUGCGCGGCUACGAGCUGAGGCCGAAGAUGUCUACGGUCAGCGAUUAGCAGACAUUUCUCCAGUUGCCGACAAGAUUAGCGGUGGAUUCAGCAGAGAUGAUGGAGCUAGCGUUCGCAAGGCCUACGAGGGUGUCCGCUCCAACAUGGAUGAUGCCGGCAAGUCCCACAAGAAGAUUGCCCAGAAUAUUCGAGACCUCGUCGUGAAUCCCUUCUCGAGAUGGUGCGACGCCCACGAAUCCCGCCUACAAGACUCUCAAGACGAGCUUCAGUCGCGCAUCAAGGCCCACGACAGACAGUUCGAAGCCGUCAAGAAACUCAGAAGCAACUAUCUCAACAAAUGCCGGUUGGUCGAGGACCUCGAGGAGGAAAACAAACUGGCUGGACGCCGAGCCCCAGCCAGCGCCCGGCGCGGCCGCCCCGACGAGGAGCCAGAGGAAGAGGUCUUCGAGAUCGGCGACGAAGUUUAUGGACCCGAACAGAUUAGGAAAAUUCUUUCCCACAUGCUCACCACGAUCAAGCUCGGCGAGACCAAGAUUCCUAUCCUCGGCACCUACCAAAAUACCUCUGCCGGUACCGACAUUGUAGAGUAUCUUCAACGGCACAUGGGUACUUCGAGCAUAAGCUAUGCCGAGCGUAUCGGCCAGGAUCUAGUAACGAGCGGCUUCCUCCGCUUGGUCGGCAACGUUGGCAACACCUUUGCCAACAGCUCCAGGAUGUUUUACCAGUGGCGCCCCAAGGCCUUCAAGCUUUCGGGUGUGCCCGAGAAGAAGCUCCCUACUUCGAGGACCAUGUCUUUCCCCGUCUCGGAUGGCUCCGAUUCCCCGUUGUGGGUGCUGUCAGCGAACUCCUGCCCAAAGCUCCAGCGCGAGGCGCGCGAGUCCGACGACAGGUACAAGGCCGGCGUGCAGAAGUUGGACGAAAUGCGGUGCGAGCUUGAGGAAGCCAUCAUUCUUCACCUCAAGUUCCUCGAGCGGUGCGAGCUGGAUCGUCUAAAGGCCGUCAAAACCGUCCUCCUCGACUUCUCUGGGACCGUGAGCAACGUCAUUCCCAGCCUUCAGUCCGCCGUGGACAACAUGAUGCUCUUCCAAGAGGCCGUACAGCCCGCCAGCGAUCUCCGCUAUCUCAUCGAAAACUACCGCACCGGGAACUUCGCCCCCAAGGUCGUUGUCUACGGCAACUACUAUAACAAGGUGGACCAGCAGACAUUUGGCGUGGACCUAGAGGCCCGGGCUACCGCCGACAAGAAGCGUGUACCCGUCAUCGUCACUACAAUUCUCACCUACCUUGACAAUUGCUAUCCGGAGCUCGAAGACGAUGCUACCAUGCGCAAUGUGUGGCUAGCCGACGUGCCCCUCACCCAAACACACAAGUUGCGCGCGAGGGUCAAUGACGGCAAGCCCGUCUCUCCCGAGGUGUUUGCCGACUUUGACGUUGCGACGGUCGCAAGCUUGUUGAAGCUGUACCUUCUCGAACUACCCGACUCUCUGAUAUCUUCUCACGUCUACGAAAUUGUCAGGACCAUCUACGCUACCACUUCCCAGGAAACCAGCGAUGCGGCGCGCAUCUCGGUGCUCCAGCAGACGCUCUCUCAGCUGCGACUUUCUAAUAUCGCGACGCUUGAUGCCUGCAUGAACCACUUUACUCGUCUCAUCGACCUCACCUCGGCCGACGAGACCUACGUAACCACCCUGGCUACCAACAUUGCUUCGUGCAUUCUCCGCCCCAAGACGGAAACGUCCCUCACCCUAGAAGAGAAGCACUCGUACCGCCUCAUCCGAGACCUCUUCGCCCACAAGGAUGCCAUCUUCAACGAGCUCAAGCGCAUGUCCACCCCCGGAUACUCGGGCUCGCUCGGUCGGUCAGCACCUCGACCGCGGGCCAUCAGCACCGACGAGAGCAACCGCAAGGCGCACAUGGAAGAGCGCAACAGGCUCCUUCUUGAGAAAUCUGGCGCCACUCCGGGAAGCAGCCGCAGCCGGGCCACCAGCCCUGCUCCUGGGCCCCGAGGCCACAGGCGCGACCGCUCUACCGGUGGCCCUGACACGCGCUUCCCCAUCGCCAGCCCCACCGCUGCCACCGACCGUCACCGCUCCAGCCUCGGAAGCGGUGUUGGCUUCAAGAGACACGCCGAAAGCUUCGCUGCGAGAACGGAGAUCGCUCACGACUCCCCCAUUGAGAAGCGCAACAGCUUGUCUCGAACAGGAGCUCGCUUUUCGUCUGGGAGGCGUCUGCCCGCGGUCGGGCCUGACUCUCCCCGGCAGCGCACUGAUAGCCUCAACCACCGGGCUGUAACGCUCGAGGACCGCCCGUUCCGUGACUGA